AUGGAUGUCGAUUUAGAAAAAAGAACUAAAGUUUCACGAGCUUGUGAUUAUUGCAAGAAAAGAAAAUUUAAAUGUUCAGGAGUAUCUCCAUGUGAAUUAUGCACAAAAAAGAAUAUACAGUGUGAGUUCAGCAUUAUUGAUCGACGUACAAUCCGCCGCAAGAAUAAAAAACGAACUGUACGAAAUAAACCAGUAACCAAUACCAUCAUAGGAUCUCAUAAAAUUAGUAAAGAUAACGAUGAUAAUGAUCAAAUCGAUAAACAAACUUUAAAAUUGUUGACUAAAAAAUCUAAUGUUCCCGAACAACUUCAGCCAUUGUUAACAUUUCCAUUACACAAAUUGGACAAUAAACUAAACGAAGAAGAACCAGAGGAAGACAAUGAUCAAGAAAAAAAUGAAGAACGGGAACACCCACAGAGUAACAUAUCACUUCCAUCUGGGUCCAAUUCAGGGUCUUACAAUCCUCGAAAUCCUAACCAUGAUGGAAAAGAGAGUAACAAAAGUAAAGGUAGAGUCUUUACAACCAAUGCUACAGGGUUCAAUAUUGCAACAACAACAACAGACGAAAGAGCAGGCGGAGGCAAUCAACAAUCGUCCUCGAUGCCAAAGAAAAUAAUUAUCACAAGAGAACGUUACCCCCCUAAAGUAUUAUAUGAUGGUGAAGGUAACUUGAGAUAUUUUGGAGAAAGCUCACCAUUGUCUUUUCUUUUCCAAUGUCGUAGUGUUUUUGUUGAUAAAAUUGGAGACUCAAAUUUCACAUUAGAAAAUAACGAUUCAUUGGAAGUUAUUGAAGAUUCUGAUGAAUCUUACGAAGUAAUACAAGUUGCCCUUCCUAGCCGUCAAAUAUUGGACGACAUUAUCAAAAUUUUUUAUAGAAACAUUCAACAGGCAGUCUAUUUUGUAAAUAUUGAUUUCUUCAAAACCCAAGUUAUUGAUCCAGUUUACGAAAAUUAUAGUGACUGCACACCAGGUAAAAUUGCCCUUGUCAAUCUAGUUAUCGCAGUUGGAUUAUUAUACGCUGAAAACACAAACGAUCCAUUAGUGAACCUUUUGCAAUCGCCAACUAUGCGAUCAUCAGCCUAUUUUGAGUUUGGGUUCUUUUUAGCUAAAAAACAUAUGACCAAAGGUGAAUUAUGGAUAACCGAGGCAUUUGCCUUGGCAUUUUGUUAUUACACUUCUAAACAACAACGUAACUCGGCUUGGCUAAUGUUAGGUAUGGCAAUUCGAAACGCACAAGCAUUAGGAUUGCACAGAAAAUUCAUAAAUGAGUCAUUUAGGGAUCAUAAUUAUAGAACUCAUCGAAGAAGGCUAUUUAAAUCCUUGUAUAUGCUAGAUCGCAUUCAUUCAGUAUUACUAGGUCGUCCAUUGAUCAUUGAUGAUUAUGACUGGGAUGACUUUGAUAGUGAAGAUAUUUAUGAUCUUGAUUCGGAUAAAAACCCAAUAAAAGAUCCACGAUUCGAAUGCAUAAUACAAGCAUGCAAAGUGUCAAAAUUGACUGGGAAGGUAAUACGAAAUUAUUAUCUAGAUGGAAUAAUCAAUCCAUAUAAAGCAGAAAAAUUGGCAAUAGAACUAAAGUUGUGGUCACUCAGCUUGCCUGAAUACCUUCAGAUUGAUAAAAUUUUCAGACCAGAGACUGUCAAUAAAAUGCCAUUAUUAACUAUGCACUUGUCACAAUUAUAUUCCAUUGUAUUGUUAUGUCGACCAUUUUUCAUGUUUGUUAUAAUGAAUAAAAAGCACAAAAAACAUUCCACUAAGAAAGCUAAUGGCGAAAAUUUACAAAAGAGACCCAAAACAAGAUUAGAGACUUCAAUGUGUAAUUUCUGUAAGGCAACCACCAAGUCAUCGACAUUAAUCAUUCAAAUGGUUGAGAACUAUAUAAUUUCAACUAAUAAGUUAAAGUCGGCAAGAGCUGAACUGAAUGGGUUGAUACAUACUUGUUUAAUGGCCAGUUUAAUUGUUGGUUUAUCGAUUUUAUUCCUUGAAAAUAAUGGAUAUAGUAUUGAAGAUGGAUAUUCAUCAAGUCAGUUAAUGAAAUAUUUAAAUUCAUCAAAACAGAUUUUCAAAUUUUUUGAUAGAGUGAACAAUGCAUUAUCAAUGAAAUUUCAUAAUAUAAUUGAAAAAAUGCAAUUGGCAUUGAUGAAUAAAUUCAAUCUUGACGUCAAUGGUGAUAGGAUUAUCAAUUUGAAUGAGAGUCAACAAGGACAACAUACACAUGACAUAGUACCACAAUCGCAACCAACGGUGCCACCACCACCACCACCAUCACAAUCGCAACCACAACCACAACAAACUCAACCUAAUGGAAACAUAGCAAAUUAUAAUUCCAACUAUAACAACCAAGAUAAUACUACAAUGAAAGCGGAGGUGGUAACAAAUCUACCUACUUCAUUCAACGAAGAUUAUGAUAGAUUUAUUGAUACAUUUGGUAACUUGCCGAAUUUUUAUUCUUCAAAUCAUAAUUAUGGCAAUAACUCACACCAAUACCAAACGAAUGGUGUUGAUUACUAUAAUGCCAACAAUUACCACAACAAUGCACAAAAACAUAAUGGUAAUAAUUAUAGCAAUCAUGCAAUGAACCAUCUGCCAGAAUCUGUGACUAGUUCCACAAAUUUAUCUUCAUCGAGUAGUAGUUAUUCGAAUCCGACUUAUCAUCAAGACCCAACCAAGAAUAAUUUGACAACAGAUUCAUUAGAUGUGUUUAUGUAUAAUGUCGAAUUGAGUGAUAUUUUAUACGAUGUGAAACCUAAUUGA